AUCAAAGCAAAAUGAAAAAUCUACACGUGGCAGAUUAACGUAUAAAAGCUACAAGAACUCAUGCAACCGGGCCCCAUAUUUACCACGUGGACCACGGGUUUCUUACCAGGUCUCCUGGCUUUGCUUUUUUUAUAUUCUUCAUCUGUUCAUCAUCUCUUUAAUCGCCGGUGCCAUUUUUCUUCUUUGCAAACGAUGUCGUUUCCGCUGCAACUCUUCAGUUGGAGAGCAGCCCUCGGUCUUCGCAGCGGAGAAUCGAGCUUCAUCAAUGGAGUUUCGGUUAAAACGACGACGAAGACGCAGAAGGAGAAGAAGAGGAUCAAGGUUUUAGCAAUGUCGAGUGAAAAUUCGGUGUUGAAGAUGAACUUGAACGAGUAUAUGGUUACUCUAGAGAAACCUCUCGGAAUUCGCUUCGCUUUAUCGCUUGAUGGCAAAAUCUUUGUUCACGCUCUCAAACGCGGAAGUAAUGCGGAGAAAUCGAGGAUAAUAAUGGUAGGAGACACGUUGAAGAAGGCGAGCGAUUCAUCUGGUGGAAGGUUUACUGAGAUCAAGAACUUCGGCGAUGCUCGGGUGAUGCUGACAGAGAAGACAGGAUCUUUUAGUCUGGUCCUUGAGAGACCCUUCACUCCUUUUCCAAUUCAUGAACUGCAUCUCUCGAAUGAUCUUGACCUUUUGUUUAAUAGAGGUCGUAUGCCUGUGGCAACUUGGGACAAAUCUAUAUUGGCAUCAAAUUUGCAAAGUUCCACUGAGGGUGGUGGAAAUUCUGGUUUUGUAAUAUUUUCCUCAAAGUUUCUAGCUUCAAAAGGGUUGAAGUUUUUGAACAAUCAAAAUGGACACCUUCAUUCAAAAUUGCAGAAAAACAUUCUUGCUUCACCCAUUAGCCAACUUCUUUGUAUUUUUUCUGAGGAGGAGCCUGGAGAUGGAGAAUGGGCUCAUGGAAGCUUCCCACUGGAGGAAUACGUUAAGGCACUGGAUCGUUCCAAAGGCGAGCUUUACUAUAUCCACUCCCUUGGAAUGCGUUACAGUAAGAUUACAGAGCAGAUAUAUGUGGGGUCAUGUAUACAGACAGAUGCUGAUGUAGAAACUCUCUCUGAUGCGGGCAUCACUGCUGUAAUAAAUUUUCAGAGUGGAAUUGAAGCAGAAAACUGGGGAAUCAAUUCCAAGUCAAUCAAUCAGUCAUGCCAAAGAUUGAAUAUCCUAAUGAUCAAUUUUCCUAUAAAGGAUGGAGACUCGUUUGAUAUGAGGAAGAAAUUACCGUUCUCUGUUGGGCUCUUAUUACGCUUGUUGAAAAGGAGCCACCGUGUCUUUGUUACUUGUACUACUGGUUUUGAUCGAUCACCGGCUUGUGUAAUUGCAUACCUGCAUUGGAUGACUGAUACUUCACUUCAUGCAGCUCAUAAUUUUGUCACUGGAUUGCAUACAUGCCGGCCAGACAGGCCAGCAAUUGCUUGGGCAACAUGGGAUCUUAUAGCUAUGAUAGAAGGUGGCAGACAUGAUGGACCCGCAACACAUGCUUUGACCUUUGUGUGGAAUGGCCAUAACGAGGGGGAGGAUGUGUGCUUAGUUGGAGAUUUUACGGGAAAUUGGAAAGAACCAAUUAAGGCUACCCACAAAGGUGGAGCAAGAUAUGAAGUUGACAUUAGACUUCCACAAGGAAAAUAUUAUUACAAGUAUAUUAUUAAUGGGAACUGGCGGCAUUCAACAUCUUCACCAACAGAAAGGGAUGAGAGGGGGAACAUUAACAAUGUGAUUACAAUUGGUGGUACUGCAAGUGUGAGGCCCAUAAUUAAACCACAAGAGAAGGAUGCCAAUGUUAUAAAGGUGAUAGAGAGGCCCUUGACAGAGAACGAGCGAUUCAUGCUGGCAAAAGCAGCCCGUUGCGUUGCGUUCUCUGUCUGUCCUAUCAGACUAGCCCCCAAGUAGUUUUGGUUGCUAUAAAUCCACAAGUUUCAGUAUUUUGUCCUUCAGCUCGUAGCCAUCUAUGGCCCGAGGAAACUACAAUAACAGGACAACACUAAAAGGUACAUGACAGGAGGUAAAGGUAUGUAUCAAAGCCUGAGUUCGGACAUGUUGAAAAGAUGACAAACAAAGAUGUUGGCAUAAUCUUUUUCUUUGCUAAAUAUGUCGACAUGAUUACAAGGACCAAAUGGUACAUAUAAGAACAUGUAAGUCUCCAUUUUGUACCUACAACGUUACACUUUCAAGCCUUAAAAUAGGAAACAUGGUGCAGUUCGAAUGCUGGCAUUGCUGAGAAAAAAAAAAAAAGACAAUACAUUGGGUUGUAUCAGAGCCGAUCGUGCUCUUUACAUGCUGUGCUUUUUAUUCAGUAAACAUGAUAAGGAUUUUUUCAAAAAAAAAAAAAGGAGGGAAUAAUUUGAUCAUUCUCUCGUAUAAGCAAGAGGGCAAGAUGGGUUAAGCCUCCGCAGACCGUGUGUGCUCAACAAUGAUUUAGCCUUUAAGGAACAAGAAUUUGGUGAGCACCAAAAGAGAUUAUUAUUAGUUUGUUUGGGAAGAGAGAUAUUUGAAUUUAUAUCGAUAUCAUGCAUUAAUCAUCGAACUUAAUGCUUCAAAGUGCGGGAAAUGAGAUUAAUGACUUUCAAUCAAUAGAAAAAAUUUUAGCAUCCAUCCUUAAUUGUAUCAUAGCCAUUUUUAUAGUUCAUUUGACCAUUUUUCAUACCAAUUGAUCCACCCUUUCUCAAAUUAUAAGAUACAGAUUCCUCAUUUUCUGGUAACUUCUAAUUCAGAAGACAAAUUUUGAGAACUUAAGGAUGAUCAUAAAUCGCAAUGUAUUCAAUAUUAGUGAAUAGUAGUUUGUUAGAGGUCACAAAAAUGUUGUUGCAAUGCCGAAAAAGCUUUUGCAAGACGAAGCCAUAGCUGGAAGCCUGGAAUUUAAUGUUCACAUCCAAAAUCUCUCAAAACAGCAGCUGUGCCUGACACAACACGAGACAUGAGCAAAGCCAUGUAUUAGAGAUAGGGCCUUAUCUCCAUGGAAACUACCCCAUCAUUAUAAUAUUCACUCAUCAUGUCCGUCUCUCCUGCACUAUUGAU